AUGCUUCCUAGCCCUGUUCAGCCCGGAUUGUAUGCCAAUACUGAAGCAGCAUAUGUGGUGGAGCUUGAUCUUCCUGGCGUGGAACGCAUCAGCGGAAGGUGGGAGCUGGACAGAAAAAGAAGAUUGUGGGAUCUACACACAAGAAGAGACGGGGACGAGCUGUACAAAGGAGCACGAGAUAAGUUGGACAUAAUAAGGGAGGGUAUGGACAUAACUAGGGAGGAGCAGGUGGGCAAUAGAUGGCUGGCCAAUAGAUGCAUGGAGCUGGACGAAAAAAGGGAGGAGCUGGAGAAAGAACUUCUGAGAUGCUCCCCCUCUAAGAUGUCGUCACGCUCUACCUCCGCCAUCAUCGCCAGGGCGGUGAGCGGGCACCACUUGCUCAAGAUCGACGGGCACUCGCAAACCAAGGUGGUCAUCAAUAGUAGUGACAUCAAAUCCUGCACUUUCCAUGUUGGCGGCCACGCCUGGCGCAUCAAGUACUACCCCAACGGCCAAGGUUCAGAUAAUGCCAACUACAUAUCUGUCUUCAUUCAGCUUGCCAGUGUUAGCAGGGACUUGCCGUUCAAGCCUGACAAGGGCAUCUCAGCUCAAUGUGUGCUCAGUUUACUGGAUCGGGCUGGGAAGCCUGUGCCAUCAUAUACCUUCACCUUCGAUAGAAGUUUCACAACCCCUCAAGGAGAGUGGGGCUGGCAUAAAUUCAUCACAAGGUCGGAAUUAGAGAACUCAGGUUGCCUCAAGGACGACUGCUUCACUCUCAGGUGCGACAUCACUGUCACAGAGCUGCGCGCCGAGGAAACAGAGGAUCGUGAUUUCACCGAUCUCCUGUGGAAGAAGGAGGGGGCAGAUGUGGCCUUCCAUGUGGGCGGCGAGACAAUCGUCGCCCAUCGAUGGGUGCUGGCUGCCCGGUCUCCAAUCUUGAAGGCAGCAGCGGAAGCAGAGCUCCUUGGCAUGUCGGAAAGGGAGAAGAAGGCACCCAUGGCCACUGUAAGGAUCGACGACAUGGAGGCAAAAAUGUUCAAGGCUUUGCUCCACUACAUAUGCACCGAUGCUUUGCCUGAUGAGAUGGAUAAGGGAGAUGAGGCGGCGACAACAAUGGCGCACGGAUUGCUUGAAGCGGCGGAUAGGUACAAGAUGGAGAGGCUGAAGCUGAUCUGUGAGGACAUGCUAUGCAAGGGUGUCUCCACAGGCACGGCGAUAACCACGCUGGUGUUAGCGGAGCAGCAGCACCGCCAGAGGCUCAAGGCGGCAUGCAUCGACUUCCUCAUCUCUCCGAACAAUAUGAAAGUCAUCUUGGAAAAUGGUGGUUUUAAGCAUUUACAGAGGAGUUGCCCCUCUGUUCUCAUGGACCUCAUAGGAAGGGCAAAAGUGGCCUGA